AUGAGUUUCGCGGGCUCGGAGGAGCCGCCGGCCAAGAAGCGAAGGUUCUUUGCCGAUUCUGACGACAGCCCAGCGAAAAACGACGCGGCACCAGAAUUUCUACAGACUCGGUCGCCUUUGGCAGUGAAGCAGUCGCAGAAUGGCUCGAACCCAUCUUCGGCCAAUGGACCAACCAAUGCUCCUCGUCCACAGCCAACCUCUACGUCUGCUGAUACCGUGACCUUUGCUGACGAAGCCUUUGAAGCCUUCAUUGGCGAGAAGGUUGACCCGGAGGCACUCAGUACCAUUCGCAGCCACUGUGGGAACAACCUCGAGCGAGCCGUCAACAUGUACUUUGACGGUACAUGGAAGAACUUCCGAAAACGACCAACGCCCAUUAGUAACUCGCCAAUGUUUCCUUCACGACCAUCCCAACCUCAGUCUGCUGCCUCUAAUGGAGCCCAUGUGCCUUCGCUACCGCCGUCAUUGUCACGAUCGAUGCCCGAGACUCGUUAUAUCGGUGCAUUUGGAGUGGAGGGGUGGGCUACUCGGAGCGGUGCGACUCUCAAAUACGGGGAUGCUGUGAAGAUCGACCGACAAAAGAUCCAACCCAAGCCUUCGGCCGCCAGAUCGAAGAACAAGAUCGAUGUCUCAGCUGCGCCGCCUCGGAUGAGUCCGGCUGAAGCUAGAAGGGUUGAUGUGAUCGUGCGAUUUACCGAUGCAGGAGGCUCCGAGAUUGGAAGACUGGCCAAGGAUGCUGCCAACUGGAUCUCUUCGCUCAUGGACCAGAGCGUGUGCAAUUUUGAGGGCAGUUGUGUGUAUGCGCCGGAAAGAAUCAGGACGAAUGAUACCGUCUUCAUUCAGCUGUGGUGUUUCCUGAAAAGGUCCAUAUUCCAGGGGAACAGGAUUCAGUUGUCAAGCAACAAUCGUUCGACCGGCCUUUUCGAGGAAAAGGAGACGUCAGAGGAGCGCGAUCUUCGUCUGCGGCAGGUGGCCCUUGUCAGGUUAUUUCAGGAGAUCAACCUCGCACCUACGAGAGCCAACGCAGCUGCGGCCAAGGACUCCAGUCAAGGGCUUCUGUCUGCUGCCGAGAUGGAUGAAAAGAAAAGCAAAGAUGCUUCCAAGUCCAGUAAUCGGGAGGCUCGUGGAUCUUCACCACCGUCAGACGAUGCAGAGGAAGGCGAAGAGCUGGAACAAGAUCAGCUUGACUCCCUUUAUCGAAAAGCUCAGUCCUUUGAUUUCAAUACCCCCGAGGCCGAACCUGCAGAUACAUUCGCCAUGGAUCUCCGUCCAUAUCAAAAGCAAUCGCUCCACUGGAUGCUUGCCAAAGAGAAGGAUCAGAAGAAUGAAGCACGGGAAGCUUCAAUGCACCCCCUCUGGGAAGAGUACUCUUGGCCAGUGAAAGACGUCGACGACAAAGAUCUACCUCUGGUCGAGAAUCAAGACAGUUUCUACGUGAAUCCAUACUCCGGGGAGAUGUCCCUAGAUUUUCCCGUCCAAGAGCAGCACUGCCUGGGUGGUAUUCUUGCCGACGAGAUGGGCCUGGGAAAGACGAUUCAGAUGCUAAGUCUCAUCCACUCCCACAAAUCGGAGAUAGCCACACAGAAAUCGGACGCUUCUAUCAAUUCUGUCAACGGACUUCCAAGACUACCAUCAAAUUCCCAUGGCAUCGUAUCCGCGCCCAAGACCACCCUCGUCGUAGCCCCGAUGUCACUGCUCGCGCAGUGGCAAAGCGAAGCCGAGAACGCAUCCAAAGAUGGAACGCUAAAGUCAAUAAUCUACUACGGCAACGACAAGAUUGGCGACCUUCAAACGUUGUGCUGUGAAGCCAAUCUAUCUUCUGCUCCGGAUGUGAUCAUUACGAGUUACGGUGUGGUCCUGUCCGAGUUCAGCCAGAUGACUGCGCGAAAGGGCAGCAAGGAUCAGCAUACCGGUCUAUUCUCUCUGAACUUCUUCCGAAUCAUUCUUGACGAAGGCCAUACGAUUAAAAACCGUCAAUCCAAGACGGCCAAAGCUUGCUACGAGCUAUCGGCUGAGCACCGCUGGGUGCUGACAGGCACACCUAUCGUCAAUCGCUUGGAGGAUCUGUUCAGUCUGGUCAGGUUCCUUAGGGUGGAGCCUUGGAACAACUUCUCCUUCUGGCGAACAUUCAUCACGGUACCGUUUGAGUCCAAGGACUUCAUGCGGGCACUGGACGUAGUGCAGACGGUGUUAGAGCCUCUUGUGAUGAGGAGAACGAAGGACAUGAAGACCCCCGACGGCCAGUUUCUCGUACCACUACCGCCGAAGUCAGUUGAGGUCGUUGAUGUUGAGCUCUCCGAGGUUGAACGUGACGUCUACGAUCACAUAUUCCGACGAGCACGAAGCACCUUUUCUGCGAACAUCGACAAGGGUACCGUGAUGAAAGCGUACACCACAAUCUUCGCCCAAAUUCUCCGUCUGAGGCAGUCAUGCUGCCACCCGAUCCUGGUCCGUAACAAGGACAUCGUGGCUGACGAAGAAGUCGCUGGUGCCGAAGCCGAUGCGGCAGCGGGGCUUAGCGAUGACAUGGACCUGCAGUCUCUGAUUGAACAGUUCACUGCCACCACUGGGGACGAGAAAGAUGCUAAUGCCUUCGGCGCCCAUGUUCUUGAGCAGAUUCGUGACGAGGCAGUCAAUGAGUGUCCCAUUUGCUCCGAAGAACCCAUGAUUGACCAGACUGUUACCGGUUGCUGGCACUCGGCGUGCAAGAAAUGUCUCCUGGACUACAUAAAGCGUAGCACUGAUCGUCAUGAGGUUGCGCGAUGCUUCAAUUGUCGUGAACCUCUCAACACCCGCGGCCUUUUCGAAGUCGUCCGUCACGACGACGAUAGCUCCGUGAAAAUCAGCCUUCGGCGCCUCGGAGUCAACGAAUCCUCGUCCAAGGUAGUCUCACUGAUGAAUCACCUGCGCGCCCUCCGCAAGGAGCACCCUCGAAUGAAGUCUGUUGUUUUCAGUCAGUUCACGUCCUUCAUGUCACUGAUUGAGCCGGCGCUCGCCAAAGCCAACAUGCACUUCGUCCGUCUCGAUGGUUCAAUCACCCAGAAGGCCCGUGCUGCCGUCUUGAAGGAAUUCAGCGAGUCUGAUAAGUUCACCAUCUUCCUGAUUAGCUUACGAGCCGGCGGAGUCGGACUGAACCUCACGCAGGCGAAGCGCGUCUUCAUGAUGGAUCCGUGGUGGAGUUUCGCAGUCGAGGCGCAGGCAAUUGACCGUGUCCAUCGCAUGGGUCAGGAUGACGAGGUCAAGGUCUAUCGCUUCAUCACGAAGGAUAGUGUUGAGGAGCGCAUGCUGAGGGUGCAAGACCGGAAGAAAUUCAUUGCAACUUCGUUAGGCAUGAUGUCAGAUGAGGAAAAGAGACUCCAGAAAAUCGAAGACAUCAAGGAGUUAUUGAGCUAG